AUGGCAUCUGAACUUCAUAUGAGAUCAGUCGUACACUAUCAGCCGAUUCGCAUUUCUUUUGCGCAAUCUACAAGAUCACGCAAGCCUGCUCUCAAAAAGCGCCCAUGUGUUGUUGUUGAAGUAACAAAGAUGGGAAUCACAAUCACGCCUCUCUGUAGGGCGCAGAAAAUAUCUUCCACAGAAUGGGGUAGAAGAGAGGGGGACGUUGAAUGGGGGUGGCUCAUUUUGUCACUGCGGCCUGACCUUCCUCUUAGAUGGUGCAAGAGUGUCCUUUUCGAUGGCAUCGCAGUUACUCGAGAUCCUCUCAUUGUAACGCACGAGCCUUCCCUUCCAAAGCUGGAAUUUUAUGUAGGUCCCAAGCCAUCGUAUAUCUGGGUUGGGGACAACAGAGAAUGGAUUCCUCCAGACGAAGCCCUGACAUUGGGUAGAAAUGAUCCAUACACCAGCAUGUCGACAAAGGAGAUUGAGAAGAUAAAAGAAAAGUGGCAGUAUUGUACGUGGAUCUCUUACUGCGUCUUUUAUUCAAUGUUUUUUGCUGCAUAG